ACGAAAAUAACCUCACUUUUACCGUCCGGUCAAAUAUUGUGCUGCAAACAUCAUUAACAGCUUAUGCCAUCAUUAAUGGUAAAGGGCCAUGGUAUAAGCAGAAUAAUGCAUGGCUAGCGUCACGUCAGUGGGUCUUGCGUCACAGUGCGGCUUUGAUUUGAGAUGUGUGUGUGUGUGAAUCAGGACGAGGCCAAUAAGAACGGAGGGAAGUGGAUCAUCCGGCUGAGGAAGGGUCUGGCGUCUCGUUUCUGGGAGAACAUCAUCCUGGCCAUGCUGGGUGAGCAGUUCAUGGUGGGCGAGGAGAUCUGCGGGGUCGUGGUGUCCAUCCGCUUCCAGGAGGAUAUUCUGUCCAUCUGGAAUAAAACAGCCAGUGAUCAGGUGACCACGUCACGGAUACGGGACACGCUGCGGCGCGUGCUCAACCUGCCACCAAACACCAUCAUGGAGUACAAGACACACAACGACAGUCUCAAGGAUAAUUCCAGCUUCCGGAACACGAAGAUCACUUUGUGAAAACCUGGAAAUAAUUUUCAUAUGGACACUUUCCCUUUUACAGCACGAGCAGCGUGUGUGAGUGAGUGUGUGUGUGUGAGAGUGUGUGUGUGAGUGAGAGUGUGUGUGUGAGUGAGA